AUGGACACUGACCUCCUGCUGAGAGAUGUCGCUCAGAGUGUCUCUCCACAGUCCCAGAGGAGGUCCAGUGCCUCUCCACAGUCCCAGAGGAGGUCCAUCCCAGAGGAGGUCCUGUGCCUCUCCACAGUCCCAGAGGAGGUCCAGUGCCUCCCCACAGCCCCAGAGGAGGUCCAGUGCCUCCCCACAGCCCCAGAGGAGGUCCUGUGCCUCUCCACAGUCCCAGAGGAGGUCCCAGAGGAGGUCCAGUGCCUCUCCACAGCCCCAGAGGAGGUCCCAGAGGAGGUCCAGUGCCUCUCCACUGCCCCAGAGGAGGUCCCAGAGGAGGUCCAGUGCCUCUCCACAGCCCCAGAGGAGGUCCCAGAGGAGGUCCAGUGCCUCUCCACAGCCCCCGAGGAGGUCCAGUGCCUCUCCACUGCCCCAGAGGAGGUCCCAGAGGAGGUCCAGUGCCUCUCCACUGCCCCAGAGGAGGUCCAGUGCCUCUCCACUGCCCCAGAGGAGGUCCCAGAGGAGGUCCAGUGCCUCUCCACAGCCCCAGAGGAGGUCCCAGAGGAGGUCCAGUGCCUCUCCACUGCCCCAGAGGAGGUCCCAGAGGAGGUCCAGUGCCUCUCCACAGCCCCAGAGGAGGUCCAGUGCCUCUCCACAGCCCCAGAGGAGGUCCCAGAGGAGGUCCAGUGCCUCUCCACAGCCCCAGAGGAGGUCCAGUGCCUCUCCACAGCCCCAGAGGAGGUCCCAGAGGAUGAGUAG